UUCAUUAAAUCUAUAUUGUUUUCCUUUUAUUACAAAUGCUGAAACGUCAAUAUGUCAGUAUGACAGCUGGUGCUGUAGAUUGUGUUUUAUGCUGUUAGGGACGGGAAACACUCAGAUCUUCGCCAUAAUAUAUGUCAGUACAUUUCACCAUCUCACAUAGGCGGGAAAAUGAAGUGGUUUUCUAACAGAAUCUACAGUUUCUAAAAUCAGACUGACAUGGUUAAACCUCUGUUCUCAAAGCGGACGAUGGAUGGGCUGCUUUUGUUAACGCUUGCCCUUCUGCAACUUGAAACGAAACAAGUUAUGGCCGGUUGGUACUUGGGAUGUUACAAAGAAAAUAUUGCAAACCGCGCAAUCAACAUUUCGGCCGGAAACUACAUCGUGUCGGACACUUCCGCUCAAGAGUGUACCUCCUCUUGCGCAUUUUUAAAGCAGUCAUAUGCGGCCACUGAAGGGAACCUGUGUUUUUGUAGCAACGGUAAUUAUGACGUGUAUGGCAAAGCCACUAAUGACAGCCAGUGUGACGUCACAUGUUCAGCCCAAUCAUGCGAUAGUACGUCAUACGUGCGAGUGUAUUCAACCCAAGGCGCAAUUGGUGAACUCAAACUUCACGGUCCAAAGGUUGGAUGGAUGUUUCGUGAAGUCAGUUUUUCGACCGUUCUUGGAAAAGGUGAUCUCAACAAUCUGUCCUACACUUUCGAUUUUGGUGACGGCUCCUACGUGUUGACCACGUGUCCUAAUGCCACACACGUGUACACGCGCGUGGGUGAGUUCCACGUGAAGGCGUCUGCGAGGUCAAACGAGUCAGGCCCGAUACUGGCGUCCACGUGGGUGUUAAUUCAAAAUCCAACGGGUAAACUAACUUUAGACUACCCCAAAGAGAUUCUUGAGGUGGGAAACGAGACUGAGAUUGUCUUGAGUGUCAGCCAAGGCACGUGGAUGACAGCUCUAGUGCAUACAACACACCAGAAAGAUGGGAGGAAUAGAAAGUCAUUUAACGUAUCGGGUGAGUGA